UAAAUCGGUCUUGCACUCGGGGGACGAAAGUGGAGUGAUAGUCGGCGGGGGCACCGAGACUCUCGCAGUGUGUUGCUACCUUUACCCGUCGGAGCCCGUGCGCGCCGUACCCGCGUUAUGCGAUUUUAAAAAGUUACGAUUCCAUUUUCGAAAUUUCGGUUGCGUGUAUUUAAAUUUGGAACUUGAGAUGUUUUUUUGAUGUUGCUGUUAUAGUUUUGCUGGCAGUUUGAUUGUUUUUGGUCUAAUUUCAUCAGAUUCUGCUGCAAAAUUGUCCUUGGAGAGCAUUCAUAAAAAGGUCUUCGAGUGUAUGGGCGGACGAGAUGCGUGCGACACUGUGUGUGCUGCUUGCAGCCACCUGCGUAUUGGCUGAUGAAAGCAGGGGCUCCAAGCGUCCGUACAUCGCCGACGCGGUUGGCAAUACUUUGCCCCCGCCUUCAAAUGGGCCAGCAACCGUCGGCAGCCCUAUCAACCUCCUAACCCCAGACCGCUAUGAGUUUUAUACUUUCGACGAAUCCGGAGAACUGGUUAAACGACUCAUGACUUUACAAGAAAUCCAAGCCAUAGUUGCGGCUGGUGAAGAAGCGGAAGGACUUGUUACGUUUGCUAAUGAUAAUCAACCGACGAUUGCAUUCAAUUUCAGUCAACCGCCUUACACUAAAGUUCAUAGCGUUGUCACUAAUGUGCAGAAUGUACUCAAAGCCCAAAUGGAAGCUCAUAAGAACAAACCACAAUUGAAUCCUACUUUAGAUACACCUGAUGUAUCUGAUUCUUGGAGUCUAAUUUUACCAUCAAUCUUUGGAAACACUGGAGUCGAUAUCGUACCAGAUAAAACUUCUGCAUCUUUUACUACCCCGGAAACAGAAACAAUUGAAUUUGACCGAGUUAGCUUUGAUGACAAUCUUAGCAAGGAAGGAAGUAACCCGAUCGGAAGUUCCACUACAGUACAACAUGUUGCUAAGCCAUCAAUCAUGGAACAAGUUUCGUCUACUACUGAAUUGUUUAAAGAAGCUCCAACAACUUCUAAAACAACUACAACAACCACCACUACUACGCCUAAACCUACUACUUCUACAACGCCUAAACCUACUACUACAACUACAACAACUAAAAAACCCACCACUACUACAACUACUACAACAACAACUACAACUACUCCUAAACCUACAACCACGACCACUACUACUAGAAAACCUACUACGACUACCACUGUGAAACCUCGCACGACGCCUACUACUAGACGUACUACUACUACCACCACUCCUAAACCACGAACCACUGUCUCAACCACAAAAUUGACUACAACUUCUAAACCAACUGUUAAAAUUACUACGAAACCUACCACAGCUAAACCUAUUUCUACCACUCGACGACAGGUUGCUACUUCAACUUUGAAAAACACAGAAAAUCCUUCAACGAAAAUUCAAACUAGUACACACGUAACCUCUACUACAGAAAAAACUAGCCCUGUAUAUGAGAAAAUUAGUACGUUCGUUCCAGUUUCUACAGCAGCUUAUGUAACUGAGAGAUCAACACGAAAACCUACACAGACGACAAUAUUCGUAAGCACAUCCGAAAGUACUACCAAACGGCCUGUAUCAUCAACAUCAAAGCUUCAACAAUCAACUACUUUAGAGGCAAAAACGCAACCAACUAUUACAACUUACAAACCAACAACAACCACAUCAGCACCAGUUUCAUCUACUGUUAAAAACGGUGAACUUGAAAAAGAUGAUGCUAGUACCAUAACCACUCAAUCUGUUUCACCUUCAACUGCCGUCUCAUCAACAGAAUUUAUGUCUGUUGACGACCAGCCACCGAAAACCAUCAAUGAUAAUGUUGCAGUUUCAGAAGACAAUAAUAUUAAGGUUAAUGAACCUAUUCUUCCUUUGUUUGAUGUUGCACAAAGUAUCAGUCAGAUUGCAUCAGACCUUGGAAGUGCCAACUACCAACCUAUCCCAACAACAAGUGGUUUAUUAGAUACUACUAACGCUAUGAAUAUGGAUUUAGAAAGCAAAGAAAGUAUAGAAUUGGACAUCCCAUCCGAGUCUAAAAACGAGGCUCAAAAUAAAACGGCUGAUGUUCAAAAUGAAAGUGAUAAUUUUGUCAAAAUAUCUACGAUUAACCCCCACCAACAAAAUAAUAAUUCGCCACCGACAGUCAAUGAAUCCAUAAAUAAAGUAAGCAACCCAGUCUCAAAUACUACUGUUGGAACAGAAACUACUACCACAACCUCAACUGAAACACCUAUGGAUCCUAUUCUGUCAGAAUCUAUGGAUGAUUUGUUAUCUCAAGUUGUGAAUCAGGCUCCUCAAUCCAUUGUUAAUAAUGAAAAUAAACUUCAGGAGUCCGAUAGAAUUUCGACAACAGAAAACUCUGUAGAUACAACUACAGUUCUUAUUACUACUAAAACCGAGAUGAUUUCUCAAGAUUCUACGAAAAACGACAUGUCUCCAUCAACCGAACCAGCGCUGGUUGAUACAACCAUUAAUCAAAAUUUAAUAAAAAAUGAAGCAAAGGACGAUGUCACUGAAAAAGAAAAAGAUAAAAAAGAAUCUGAAACACAAAAAGAACACAUAGUUAAAAACAAUAAUACCAAUAGUGUUUCUGCAACACGAAAUGAUUUAAAAAAAUUCUCUUCCUCUGAUAGAAAUGGUAAACCAUCGAAACCUGUAAAUUCCCAGGGAGUUCAAACUCUUAGUGCUGACAAACAGAAUAAUAUAAUUGCAGUUAUAAAUGCACCCGAAUUGCCUGCAAGAGAACAAAUUACGCCAUCAAGUACUGAAACUGUGUCUCAACAAGAGGUUUCACAUAAAACUAGCUCAGAAAAUCAAAAUACAGCAAAUGAUAAUGUUAAAGAUGACCACAAAGAUGAAACGGUUUCACUCCCAAAGGUAGAUGAAUUUAAAAAGAAGAUUCAAAAAGUCAAUAUUGACUACAAAGAAAUAGCUAAUGAAAGGAAUAACUCUUGGAAGCUUAUCUCAACUGUUGCACCGCCAAAAGCAAAUGAGAUACCGAAAGAUAAAUUUAAAACUGACGGCAGUGAGAUCCCUGAUAAAGAUAUCGUAUUGGAUGUAUCUAAGGAAAAUCAAGGGCUGGAGGUGACCACAAAAGAUUUAAGCGAAGAUGUCGCGCAGUUUACUGAACUUUGCAAUGAGCUUGCUUUCCGGUAUUGGAAUGCUAUCGCUGAAACCAUUCCAAAUAAGAGGAGUUUUGUUUUGUCCCCAUUUUCCAUCACAUCGAUGUUGGCUAUGAUGUUCAUGGGAGCAAGGGGCGCAACUUCGGGUGAAAUGAACGAAAUACUAAAACUUGAUGAUAUGGUUACUUUUAAUCCCCACUUUACCCUAAAAAAUAUUUCAGAUUCUAUAGAAACGACACCUGAGUCUGGAGUGGCUAACUCCGCGUUUAUUCGAGAACUUUAUAGCGACCGCAAUAAAGGUCAAAUUCUUACGUUUUAUAAGGAAAGGGCUCAGCAUUUCUACAACGGUCACGUUGAAGAAAUCAACUUUAAGUUGAUCAGUGAUAUUAUAAGAAGAAGGACGAAUCUGCUGGUGAAGAGAUACACUUGGGGAAAAAUAAUUGAGUACAUGAAAGCCAACACAAUCACCAUGCAACCUCCACUUGCUGCAUUUUCAACUAAUAUUUUCGAGACUGACUGCACGGGCUCAUCUGUAGAAGGCAGAGAUGGUGAAAUGUACUUCGUGGUCUCACCCAACGUUCGUCAACGUCGCCUCGUCCCAGUACCUGCCGUCCUUUACAAGAAAGGUUUCCUCGCCGGCUAUGAUCCAGUCCUCGACGCCACUGCUGCAGCGACCGGCAACACCAACUCAAUCAUCAGCACACUCUUCCUCAUGCCAGGCCAGCAAGGCAAUGUUGUCCACGCCGAAGAUCUAGAACUACUAGAAAAACGAUUGCUAGAUACCAACCCAAGCACACCAGCGUUGAACCGCCUUCUCAGAACAUUAUUACCGAGAAUUGGAUUGGAACUGCAGAUCCCGCGAUUCUCCCACAAGUCAAUAUUUAAUGUAUCUUCCACUCUUAAAAAGAUGGGCUUGAAGGACUUAUUCGAUGCCGACCACGCUGAUUUAGGAGGUCUGAAUGGCCCGUCUAAGGAUCUUUACGUGUCGGACAUGGUGCAAGCGACGACGUUCGUAACUUGUGGCGAAGGGAUUAUUGGUGAGCAACAUCAUAUAGAAGAGUAUCCUGAGAGCAUUGAAUUGGCCAGAAGGCGUAGGACAUCUCGAUGGGCGACGGGAUGGGAUGAGCCGAGGGAUUACCAGAGAGCAUUCCAUGAUCCCCAUGACGUAGGAGAUGCCAUGAAUCUCCCGCUACAUUUGCGCCCAAGACAAGCUCGUCUCCCAGCAAGGAACGCCCAACCAGCGAGAUUAAAGUUUGACCGGCCGUUCCUCUACUUCGUAAGACACAAUCCCUCUGGCAUGAUACUCUACGUCGGCCGGUACAAUCCACGGCUUUUGCCUUGAAGUCGUCAAAAAGACUGUUAGCUUAGUUUAAAUAUUAAUUCCUCCAAGGAAAGUGAUAUGGGGAUACGGAAGUAUGAAAGCUAAGAGCAUUUACGUGACAGUAUUACUUAUAAGUGCAUUGGUAUGCAAGUGGCUUGCCAAUUAGUACAUGCAUCUUGUACGGCUCAGUGUACCUUUCUCCUGAUUUCGUAAUUAAAUGUGUAUAAAAUAGUGGUAAUUGAUAUCAAGUUAAAUGCCUGAAUAAGUGUAUUACAAUUGUUUAGUAAAUAGUUUGUCGAGACGUCUCGUCAAAAUUUUACUUUUGAUUUUAGAAUAAAUAAGGAUGUUUUAAUU